AUGGGAUACUACCUUGCUGAUGGUAUAUAUCCUUCAUGGGCAACAUUUGUUAAAACAAUUUCUUUACCACAAGGAAAUAAAAGAAAACAUUUUGCUACACUUCAUGAGUCGGCAAGAAAGGAUGUAGAGCGAGCAUUUGGGGUACUCCAAUCACGCUUUGCAAUUGUGCGUGGACCAGCUCGCUCUUGGGAUGAGAAAAUAUUAAAGAAUAUUAUGCAAGCAUGCAUAAUAAUGCAUAACAUGAUCGUUGAGGAUGAAAGAAAUGAUAGAGAGAUCGACUUCAUGUACGAUGCUGCUGAGGAAGCUCUAACCAUAUCAAUGUCUCAUGAACGUACAAUAGAUUUGUGUGAAUUUAUUCAGAAUCAUCAUCGUAUUAGAGACAUGCAAACUCAUUCUCAAUUGCAAUUGGAUCUUGUCGAGCAUUUAUGGGAACGAAAUGGUGGGCUUUAG